GCAAGAAGCAGCGACUGCAGCAGCAAAAGCGCCAGCAGAAGCAGCAUCAGCAGCAACAAAAAAAAUCCUCAUCAAAUCCUCACCUAGGCGCUCAGUGUAUCCAGAUCCACAUCUUCACUCAAGCCGGGAGAGGGAAAGAGGAAAGGGGGGGGGAGGAAAAAAAAAAAAAAACCCCAACAACUUAGCGGAAACUUCUCAGAGAAUGCUCCAAAACUCAGCAGUGCUUCUGGUGCUGGUAAUCAGUGCUUCUGCAACCCAUGAGGCGGAGCAGAAUGAUUCUGUGAGCCCCAGGAAAGCCCGGGUGGCAGCUCAGAACUCAGCUGAAGUGGUUCGCUGCCUCAACAGCGCUCUGCAGGUUGGCUGUGGAGCUUUUGCAUGCCUGGAAAACUCCACCUGUGACACAGAUGGGAUGUACGACAUCUGUAAAUCCUUCUUGUACAGCGCUGCUAAAUUUGACACUCAGGGAAAAGCAUUUGUCAAAGAGAGCUUAAAGUGCAUCGCCAACGGGGUCACCUCCAAGGUCUUCCUGGCCAUUCGGAGGUGCUCCACUUUCCAGAGGAUGAUUGCCGAGGUGCAGGAAGAGUGCUACAGCAAGCUGAACGUGUGUAGUGUCGCCAAGCGGAACCCUGAAGCCAUCACGGAAGUCGUCCAGCUCCCUAAUCACUACUCCAACAGAUACUAUAACAGACUUGUCCGAAGCCUACUGGAAUGUGAUGAAGACACAGUCAGCACAAUCAGAGACAGCCUGAUGGAGAAAAUCGGACCCAACAUGGCCAGCCUCUUUCACAUCCUGCAGACAGACCACUGUGCCCACACACACCAGCGAGCUGACUUCAACAGGAGGCGUGCCAACGAGCCACAGAAGCUGAAAGUCCUCCUCAGGAACCUCCGAGGUGAGGUGGCCUCUCCCUCCCUCAUCAAACGCACCUCCCACGAGAGUGCAUAGCCGGGGAGAGGUAUUCACAACCUCACCAAACUACGAUCAUUUUAAGGGUGUUCGCUCACCAACUUCGAGUGUACUGUGCCUGGUUUGAUUUUUUUAAGUAGUUCCUAUUUUCUAUCCCCCCCUUAAAAAAAAAAUUGCAUGAAACUA